AGCCGUCACCAUGUCGACCGUCGCAGACGAUCUGCUCAACGACUUUGGGAGCUCGGGAGACGAGGCCGAGGAGCUGGACAAUGCCGGUCUUGUGAUCCCAGAAAAGACCGAAAAGAAGGCAAAUGGCGACCGCGAUGCCAUGGACGUCGACGAUGAUGACGACGACGACAACGACGAGGCGUCGGACGAUGAGGCCGCGGGCGCGGGUGCGCUCAACGACAUGGAGGACGCGGAGGCGACCAAGGCAAAGGUCGAGAAGAUGCAGCUGGGCGCCGUCAAAGACGUCCGCAGCGUGGCCAGCUUGAUGCAGACGCUGGAGCCCGUUCUCGAGAAAAUCAACCAUUACCGAUCACAGCCCACGGCGCAGCAGACCAGCGUCGGCAACAUCGAGGACCACCCCGAGUAUCACCUGUUGACGCAGUCCAACAGCCUUUCGACCAUGAUAGACGGCGAGGUCGCGCUGGUGCACAAGUUCAUUCGCGAUCACUACUCGACAAGAUUUCCCGAACUGGAACGCCUUGUCACGACCCCGCUGGAAUAUGCAAAGGUGGUGGCCAUCAUCGGCAACGGCCCGAUGGACGCUGAGAACAUCAAGGCCCUCCAGACCUCUACAGACAACCCCUUAGGAGUCGGGCUGAAGGCCGUCCUCGAUGGUCCGUCGCUCAUGAUUGUGACGGUAGAAGCCACAACCUCCAAGGGCCAUGAGAUGGCGCCCGAGGAGUUACAGCGAGUGCGUCAAGCCUGCGAGAUGAUGAUUGCCCUGCACCGCGCAAAGCAGACUCUUACCGAGUACGUGCAAUCACGGAUGAACAUUUUCGCCCCCAACUUGACAGUACUUAUCGGAUCUCUCACGGCCGCGCAACUCUUGAACGCUGCAGGGGGCCUUACGGGACUGUCAAAGACACCAGCGUGCAACAUACCUUCUUGGGGCUCCAAGAAACGCCAGGCCGGUCUGGCGACCAACAUUGGCAUCCGUCAGCAAGGCUACCUCUACAACUCGGACAUCAUCCGGGGCAUCCCCAACGACUUGAAGAAGCAGGCCAUGAGAAUCGUAGCAGCCAAACUCGUCCUGGCCGCGCGAGUAGAUCGCAUCCACUCAAGCCCCGACGGCUCGACAGGAGAGCAGCUGAAAUCCGCCUGCUUGGAGAGGCUGGAGAAGCUGACCGAGCCCCCGCCGAACAAGGGACAGCGAGCGCUGCCCGUGCCGGACGACAAGCCCGCCCGGAAGCGAGGUGGCCGUCGGGCCAGGAAAGCCAAGGAGGCGCUCGCCAUGACGGAGCUGCGCAAGGCCCAGAACCGCAUGGCGUUCGGCAAGGAGGAGAAGGAAGUCGGCUACGGCACGGGCGAAGGCACGGUGGGCAUGGGCAUGAUCGGCAUGGCCAACGACGGGCGGAUCCGCGGCAUGCAGGUCGACCAGCGCACGCGCGCGAAGCUGGGCGUCAAGAGCAAGGGCUGGGGCGGCGCCAGCACCCUGGGCGGCGGCACGGCGUCGUCCAUUGGCGGCUUCGGCAUGGCGCCCGGCAUGGACCUCCGCGGCAAGGGGCUCCGGACGUCGGGCGUGGGCACCACCGUCGGCUCCGCGACCGGCAUCCAGUCGUCGCUGGCCUUUACGCCCGUCCAGGGCCUGGAGCUGGUCGACCCCAAGAUGCAGGCCGAGCUGAGCCGGAAGCGCAAGGCCGAGGAGGACAAGUGGUUCAAGGGCGGCAGCUUCACGCAGGUCGGCAACAGCGGAGGAGGCUGUCAUAUCAGGCGUUUUAAACUACCCAAGGCUUUUGCACAGGGGAUGUAUAUAGGAAGAAAUAC